AAUAAAAAUGUCCAAAGGAGACGCUAAGACAUUGAAAGAGGAGAUUCAAAAACUAUAUGAUCCAUUGUUAUUUUAUCAACAUGGCGACAAUCCCGCUUAUAAAAGAUAUAUUGAAAUAAUGUAGGAAAACGCUUAAGAGGGUAAACAAAUAGAUCCAAGAACUUAUUUUGUUAAUAAAUUGCAAAGGUAAAUAGUUUAUCAAAUUAAUAAAGAAUCCAUGUAGCAAGAAAUAUCUAAGAUUUUGUUGAAAGAGAUUUGAAAUGUUUUAACUUUGUUCGAAUUUUCCCUGUUUGGAUAUGUACGACUGGAUUCUUUUUACAAGGUAAAUAAAGAAAUCAGUAUAAAAGCUGCUUUAACACACAGAUAAAUGUUCUUGCCAAUUGGAUAGAGAGGUAUAACAAGUAUUAAAUAAACUUCAUUCUUUUACAAGUAUUGAUUUAUUUCUAUUUGAUUAAAGUUUUGGAUAUGUUGGAUUAGCUGGUUAUGGGUUGUAUUUAUUUGGAGCAUCUUAUUUAUGGUGGUAAGUGACUAAAAUGACAGGCAACAAAUUCUAUAAGCAUUGCUUAUUGGGAGAAAGAUAAUGGUCAUAUGAGAGAGAGAGAUAAAAUAACACUUAUGGAAAUUACUACUUUAAGGAUGUUCCUUUGUCAUGUGAAGAGAAUUUCCCAGAUCUGGCUAGAGGAGAAAUUGCGAAAAAGCAAAGACCCAAGCCAGAAUGGUGAUACAUUAAUAUUAUUCAUUCACAAAUCAAUAUAUUAGCAUAUCAUUUA